GCUGGCGACCGUUGACAGCCCGCCCGCCCGCCAGCUCGCGGGGAGUAUGCCCGGCCGCGCCGCGCAUCAGGAGGCGGCGGCGGCGGCGGCGGCGGCGGCGGGAGGACCAGAGCCCACUGCAGCCGGGGGGAGCGCGGGGGCCGCCGCGCAGCAGGAGCAGCGGGGCCUGGCGGGCGCCUUCCCGCUGGUGCUGAAGAAGCUGAUGGAGAACCCGCCGCGGGAGGCGCGCCUGGAUAAAGAGAAGGAGAAGAUAAAGCUUGAGGAAGAUGAGGCAGCAGCUGCCAGCACUAUGGCAGUCUCGGCUUCCCUUAUGCCGCCCAUUUGGGACAAAACUAUUCCUUAUGAUGGCGAGUCUUUCCACCUGGAGUACAUGGAUCUGGAUGAGUUCCUGCUGGAGAAUGGAAUUCCUUCCAGCCCUACUCACCUGGAUUUGAACCAGAAUCCACUCUUGCCUGUGGCUGAGCUGGAAGGAAAGGAGUCUGCCAGUGCUUCCACUGGUUCUCCUGCAUCAUCCUCUUCCACUGCAGUUUACCAGCAAUCUGAAGCAGCCUCCAGCACAGAGUCCCCACCACAAAAUGAGAGAAAUACUCCCAGCCCCAUUGAUCCUGACUGCGUAGAAGUUGAGGUGAAUUUUAACCCUGACCCUGCUGAUUUAGUGCUGUCCAGUGUGCCUGGUGGUGAGCUCUUCAAUCCUCGCAAGCACAAGUUUACUGAAGAGGACCUGAAACCACAACCAAUGAUUAAAAAAGCCAAGAAGGUUUUUGUCCCAGAUGAGCAAAAGGAUGAAAAAUACUGGACAAGGCGAAAGAAGAACAAUGUGGCAGCAAAGCGUUCCCGUGAUGCUCGGCGAUUAAAGGAGAAUCAGAUCACAAUUCGGGCAGCCUUUCUUGAGAAAGAGAAUACAGCCCUGAGGACGGAGGUUGCAGAGCUGCGCAAGGAAGUGGGACGAUGCAAGAACAUUGUUUCUAAAUACGAGACCAGAUACGGACCCUUUGACUUAUCUGAUUCCGAGUGAUGCAACUUUAAAGACUUUUAAAAACAAAGAAACUAAAAAGCACACAUGAAUCGCCAGUCUUCAGAGUGAGCAGUGAAAUCUAUGAGGUGUCCCAACACAAACAACUGACGAUGACCCUGCCUGCCUGCUUGCCUGCAAGUACCCCAUCUGAACUACCCAGGGCUGGGCAUGAUGAAAAGUGCAAAGUCUCCUUAAUUCUGUAUAUGGCUUUCUUAUCUGUCUUUCUCAGUGUAACUAUGAACUACAAUAAGCUUACUUAUUCGGGUUUUGUCAAGACACUCAAAGUUCAUGUCUCAAAGUCUGUUGACAGCCUGUGUGAAUAGUGACUCUUUGUUUUGGCACUCGAGUGGAAGGAAAUAGGGAGUUUUAAAUGAAAGUGUCUGUAUAUGUUAAGAAUUGCUAUAUUUUAAGACUCUUUUCCCUGCAGUAGAAUAAAUUUUAUUUAAUACUGCAGCUCACUUCUGGUACAGUGUAGCAUCUUGUGAGUGCAGAAUUAAAGACACCAGGAAAACAGCAGUCUGUGAUGUGUGAGACUUCCAGUGCAGAAAAGUACAGCGGAUGUAUUGAAACCAUCCAGAAGGCACCACAGUGUGCCAUACAAAGAGUAGUAAUAAACCUCUAUCAAAUAACCUAUGUAACAGUAAAACACUUUGGUUGCUUUCCUGCUCCACAGCUACACUGCUGUAACUUGCCUUUUCCUUUGUUUCUUUUAUGAGGCUCGCUUUCUUUUAUGGUAUCUUGCUGAAACAAGAUCUAUUCUUCUGUUAAUGAUUUAGCAAUCUUGGAAAAGGUGCUAGUCUGAGCUGCUGAUCCCCAUGUCUUUUGGCAGUCUGAAACUACCAAAUGAGUAUUAGCUCCAGCAAAACAAUGGCUAUUAGCUGCCAUAUUACAAUUUUCUGCCUCUUGACUACAUGAGAACUGUGGUGGCAAAAGAGUGCUUUGUUCAUCUGUUUUAUAAAACUGAAACAGCCAAUGAUUUCUCACAGUUACAACGGGCAGCUUAAGUAUCAAGACCCUUGUGCUGCUGUGGGAGAGCAGGUGAAAGCUUGGACAAAUUGUGGGGAUGUUUAUUGUGUGUCGAAGAUGGAGGAAGUAUGUGGAAGUUCCUUUGUCAGUUUCAUCAGCAUAACAAGAAUCUUCUCUUACAUUAAGGAAGCUUAAGAGCUAAAUUUGUGGGGGAAGAAAAGAGUACUUAAUUUCUGGGAAAGUAGUACAGGGCCAUGCUUGUGGCCAAAACGGAGCUUGUAAGACAGGAGUGUAUUCAUGCCUGGAGAUUGAUAAACAGCAUACCCCUCAAGAAAAAUAAUUUUGAAAGCUUUCAGAAGCACAAGUGCUGAAAUGAUGAGGCACAACUAGUUACCAGCAAAGCUCAAUGCUAUCAUGUUGAACAAGUAUUUUGACUUUGCAUUUACCCAAGAGAUUCCACCCCUAAUUUCAGAGCAGAAAGGCAAAGAGAAAAGGGUGCAAAGAAGCAGCUAAUGUUGUAAACUUCAUUUAAAAAAAUAAUAAAAGUCUCAAAACCCAGAAUUCAUAACCAGUUUUUUGAAGGCAAAACCUUUGUAAAGAGCAUAUACAUUAAAUGCAGUUAUUGACCUAUUAUUUUUAAUGGAUUAUGUUCUGAAGUCAAGAAAGUGCUUUUAACUUUUUUGCUGGUUACAAAAGUAUACUUACGAGUGUAUUAUUGUAAUUUGGGAUUCUGAAGCUCUGAGAUAAUCUUGGAGUUUUCUCCUCAAAUAGGUGAAUAGUUUAGCUCCAUGUUGCUGAAAUGUCAGCAUAUAUCUCUAUCUGUAUCAAGUAUUGCUGAUUUGGACUGAUAUUUUUUUGUACGUACUGCUUUUUGUUGUUUUAUUUUGGUGAUAAAGGCCAAACCAUGGAUUUUUAAGAAAAAACAAAAAAACAGCCAAAAAAAGCCCCACAACCCUGACAGCAUGUAAAUGUAGCAACUCUUUUUGCAUUUAUAAUUUCUGAGUUUUCAGUUAGCUUUGAAUGGUUGUUCUUGAAAGUCAUGCUUCCUGUUUAAAUCGCAAAGCUAAAGGAUAUUGUAACUGGGCAAGGAGUUGCUAGUCCUUCAUUUGGGUCUUGCUGUCUUACUGCUUUAGGAAUAUCUUUUAAAUACUUAUAUAUUGUAUACAGGAUUUGGUUUUGCAGUAUGUCAUGCUACUUUAACAGCAAAAUAUUCAAUCAGUGAGAUUAGUAUGUGCGAUUCUAUUAGCUUUUUCUGUUGUAUUAAAAGCUUACACAAUGGAAACUAACAGUGAAUGUUCAUUAGAUCUUCCUUUCAGAGAAGACUGUUAGCAAACUCUUGUGCUUCCCUGUAGGACAGUGCAAAUUUGCACAUUCUGUGAUUCAUGUGUCUACGGGUUGCAAAACUGGAAAAUCGCACUUUAGGGUGAGUGCAGCUUAACUUUUGUAGCUGGAGAAUUUUUUUUGUUAAGAAGCAACAUCUUUAAAGAUAGAUGAGAAGGUCAUAACUAUUUAAAGGAGUGUAGAUAUUGCCAGACAAAAAGUUAUGUGCAAUGCUGAAUUCCUUUCUCAGUUUUUGCAGUCUCAGGAAGUUAAGCUUACUGCUUCAGAGCUCUCUGCUCCUCUCAGAACGAUGAACUAUACAGUCUUGUUUCUCUGACUAGGAUGACAAUCCUAUCCAUAAGUGACAACUUGGGUACGUUUUCAUAGUGGUCAUAAGAAGACCAAUAUUCUUUUAGCUCAGUUUGAACAUUAAAAGAUGCUGAAUUGACACUGUUAAGAGUAUGAAGUUCUCUAGCCUUGGAACAUGCUCUGUAGAGGCCAUAAGUGUGCCUGAUGCCAAUGUACCCCAUUCCAGCCAUAAAGGGACCAUCUCAAGGGGAGAGAAUAAAGGGAGUGCACCUUUCAGCAUCAUUGCAGGGAUUGCCAAUAAAGGGAGCAGUUUUUGACACAGCUGUACAUUCAUUAGGAAGAAGAUUGACACCAAAUGGCCAUUUCACAGUACUAACUUUGAAAACAUAUAAACUAUUGAUGAGAUUUGCAGGCAAUGAGUGUUGUCUUAUUCUACAGAAGAAACAGACUGUGAAUAAAUGAUGUGCAACAUUUAAUACAGUAUUGCUUUCAUACAUGGUCUUCUAAUCUACACAUAGUUAUAUCUCCUUGUAAUAAUGAGGUUUUGUAUUUAAGAAUUCCCUAGAAGCUUAAUCUUUCACCCGUUGCCAAGAUCUGCUCCCGCUGAAGCCAGUAACAAAGAUCUCAUUAACUCCCACAGGAAAAAGUCUUUACUCUCACAUGGUUAUCGUAAAGUUUUAGCAAGCACUGGAGUCAUGGGUGUCUUUGCUUUAUUCUGGAGCAUUCUGUGCUGGGAUCAGGUGGAUGUAUCUCAGAUUGCAGGUGUAAUGUUGGUAAACUGGUCCUAUCACUUGUUCAUUUACACAGUUAGUGAUAGUUUUGAUAUUCAGAUAAUCUGAAUUCUGCUUUUUUUUUUUUUUUUUGCCCUGCAUGGACAGGAUGAAAAAGUAGCGUACUAUAAACUUGUGCUGGGAGAAGAAAUUUAUUUUUUUUAAGUGAAAUGUGGCUUUUUGCAGUUCUUCUAGUAACAUUUUAUGUCUCUUCUGACAAUUCUCCAUUUCCCUGCUGUGCUGUUUGAAAGCCCAAGGUGUUCUAGCUGUAGAAAUCACUUUCAGCGUUAUCUGCAGGACUGCCACUAAUUGUACCAAAUUCAUUUCAAGUUGGGAGGUGCAGUGGAAGGCCAGCAGCUUUGGGAAUACUGUAAUAAAACCACUUGUGUGGAAAAAUAUUUUUGUGUAGACAGCAGAAAUAGUGGACUUGCACAGAAGAGAAUAUUGCUGCUUCAGCCUUGUAAGUCUCCUCAGCAUAACAGGGCUUUGUUCCUUGUGAUCAGAUGCGUUCCUUUUUAGUGAAAGCGGAGGUAUCACGGACCUCUGUAAAAUCCAGAUAGGCUUUUGUUCACCCUUACAGUUUUAGCUGCUAAGCACAAGAUAAGAAAUGCAAAUUUGUCUUAAUGCAUAAAUCUCAUAUUUUUGGCAACCUACAUCUAAAUCCAUAAACAGCAAAAUCAUUUGUUAAUGCUAGUGUUUUGCCUUUGCAGCACUACAAGACACUGGCUGGCUUUCUAGGUGUUCAGAUAAUUACUCUGAUCUGUAUAUCUGCCACUGUAACAUGGUGAAGAUAGAUAAACUCACAGUGGGAAAAAGGUAGAAAGAAUAGGCUUAACUAAACUUCUGUGGAGAUGCUAACAUAAUGCUAAUUGAGAAAUUACAAUUAUUUAAUUCAUAAUAAUGCAGAUUUGUCAUAUAGAAUGUAAUUUGUUAGUUUGAUAGUGUGCUAUCCCCUAGUGAGUCACUUUCAGAAUGCGAACUUCUUAAAGUUCAAGCAGCUACAGGAGAAAGGGAAUCCUUUGAGGAAGAUACAUGUAUAGAUAAACAUACAGAUACUUGGCAAAGAGAGUACAGAAUGAAAGCAGGUAGAGAAGAGUAAUGCAAGAGUAUGACCUGAGCCAGAUUGUCCUAAAAUUGUAAACAGUGAGGCUUCAGUUUUAGCAAUUUGGAUCCCCUCAGUUUAGCAUCGUACAGAAGAUACGUACUUGUUUAGGUUUUGGUAAUCUCCUUUUCUUGAUCUUAUUUCCACAGUCCAGAAGAAAGUGAAAGGAAUAUACAGACAGGGAGGAGAGUUACUGCAGAAAGGCAUGAAAAUAUAGCUGUUGCUUUAACUGAGUGCACUGUUGCACUGGGACUUGACCUGCUGAUGUGAACUGAUAGUGCUGUGUUGUGAGGAAAUUGCUAUCUGAGGCCCCUAUAUUUUAAGGCCUCAAUUCUGCUGUCAUUUCUGCAUGGGAUGAGCCCUGUAUCUGUAGAGAACCAUGCGGACUUCACAGGAUCUGUUCUUGAAUGUGAAGCUCUGCCCAGGCAGUCAGCUGCAGAAUUGUGUCCUUAACACACGAUCAGUUGUAGUUACAAGGCUGUUGAUAUGAAGUGUAAUUUGGGUGCCUGUUACAUAGCCAAAACCCUUGUUACUUCAUUUUCCCAACUAAGGCAUGAGCAGAAGCCCUUUGCUGUACAACAUCUGUUAAAAAAAAAAAAUAAUAAAAAAAAAUUACCGCGCAUAUGUCUAGUAAACUAAGGCAUGUGAUUUUGGUCUGUGGGUCUCAACAAACUUUGCUCGUGUACCUGCCUGAAUGUUUUCUUAGAUCUGCAGCUAUGUCUCAGCAAGAAGGUAUGGUGGGAUUUGUUUUCCUGAGGGGGCACAAUAGCAGCUCUUAUCUGUCCUGCGGGUGACCGCUUGCUGCUGGCCAGGAUCAUGGAUGAAUGCAGCCUCUGCACUUUUAUGUGAAGUUGUCUGAAAUAUGGUGAUUAACAUGAUUAUUGGAAUACUGUAUUUUGUAUAACUUAGAACAUGUAAAUACACUUUUAAAACUAAUCUGUUCUAUGAAGUAAUAAAUAAGUGCUUCCAUUGUAAGAUCUGAAUAUUGUUAAUGCUUCAUGUAGCUUGAUUUGGGAUUAUUUUUUUCCUAGAGAACUAUGGAAAUCAAAACAAAGAUUGAUGUUGUGGAAAUCUAGUCUAGUUGUGAUGCUUUCUAUCAACAAAAAAUGUUUUAAAAAUAAUAAUGAGCUACUUAAGCAGAGAAACUGAGAAUUUGAGGGAAUUGAUUCUUUUCCAGUCUUUCUUUAACAGUAGUCACUGAUUACAUUCAUAAUUGUACUCUUCCCAUCCCAUUAGCUGGACAGUUGAUUUGUUGUUUGUGAGUAGCAUUUGGAAAGUGGUGGUAUUAUUCGUAAAGCUUAGUGAUUGAGGAAAACUAAAGGGUUGUUUGUUUGGUUUUUUUUUAACUAUUCUCUCUUUUGGCUCAAACAGAUCUGUCUCCACCCUUCAGCCAGACUGCAGCAAGUUGCAAUGAAACAGUGAGUGACUGUUACUGAAGCUCAUUUGUAACCUAGAUAGUCUACAUCUUUGUUAGUUCUAUUAUGUACACAGAUGACACAGGUAUCCUGUUACGGUGUGGAGAGAGAGAAAGUGAUUAAUGACUUGAGGUUUUGCUGAGUACAUGUUCACUGGAUGCUGCACAGCUGGAACUCUCAUCAGCUUUCAUGGUCUUUUCUAUCUCGUGUUAAAAGGAAAAAACCAAAACAGUGGAGUGAGAAUCACGAGCAGUCUGCUAGGAAAUAUGAACACUUGGGUUUUGAGGAGGAAGUGAGAUUGAUCCAUCAGCCUUCAUCUAAAGAGAUUAGCCUGUGAUGACACUUUCUCCAGCCAUAACGUAACUUUGUCUUUAAUGCUGUACUGGAGCAGUCUCCUCUCUGGUAACAGUUGCGUCUGCAGUGUUCCAUAAAUGACAAAGACACAACAUCUUUUGUAGUGGGCAGAGAUGGUGGCAUCUCUUCCCCCCACCCCUUCUUUUUUUCCUCCCCCCUCAGUGUCUCUAGGCUGUAAAAUAGCUAUGAAACAGCUAAGCGUAUGUGCAGUUAUUCAGAAAACUCUGUUCCUGUAAAGCUUUUUCAGAGACAUACAGUUUUUAACUAAAUAGUUUGAGGGAACUCCUGUCUGCUAUAUUUGGCCUGAAAUUCUGUUGCCUCUUGGAUAAAAGUAUUUUUUUGGCUUCAGAUGUGACACUGAUCUGUCCCAUUCAUUCAGUGGGAUGGAUGAUAGUAUCUGCAUAGUAUUUAUAUAAGAUAUAAAUCUGAUCUUAGUUUUACUGUGUGUUAAGUUGUUUAAUCUCUUGGAUGUCUGCUCCUUGAGGUUGUCUAUAUAAUUCCUGUAAAUGUAGCUGCUUUUUGAAGCAGUCCAUCAAGUGCAUUUGGGAUCAUCCUGACUGAAAGAUUCUAUAGAAAUGAAAGAGAUAAUAAAGUUUGUAAAGCGGCUGGGUAAAAAUGUAUUGCCAUAAAUGGUUUUAAUUUAUAUAAGAAUCUUUUGUCCCAAACUGCUUGUUUUGUACAUAAACCUACACACUCCUGGCAGCUGAUGGGUGAAAAUAAAGGUGCUUAAACAGCAAUCUAAUGAGGAAAGGGCAUUUCACUGUUGCAGAGUUGGUAUUAUUUUAUAUUUCCAUUUAUUACACUUUUUUAAAUGUAUAAACCACAGAUUUGAAUUCUCAAAGUCUUCAGCUUGGAUUUUGUGAGUAGUUUAAAUCCUCUCACCUCUCUGCUCGUAACUGGUUUUUAAGAAAAAGAAAAGCUUUUGUUUAAAAUGUAAAAUUUUGACUGUAUUAAAUUCUGUUAGUACCCUUCCUUUUUAAGAAAUAAAAUGUAUAUUCCACUAUGCUGA